AUGGUCUCGGACGAGUACGCAUUCGUGGGCAGCGGCGGUCUCAAGCUAAAAGGCGCCAAAGUAACAAAGUCCAAGAAAAAGAAGAAGAAGAACAAGCAGUCCGACCUGGAAAAGAACCUCUCCACAGGGGAACCCACCUCCGCGUCUACCGCUCUCACCAGACGCAGCGCCUCAAAGGAUCCAGGAAGCGACGAGAAGAAGGAAGAGGAGGAUGCGACAAAGAGGAAAGAAGGUUCGGAGGAAGUAGAAGAGGAGGAUGAGGCUGUCGGCCCGCGAAAGACCGAGGCGGAGAGGCGGUUUGAGGAGAGGAGACGCAAGAGGCUCCUCGAACUCUCCGAUUCUUCCACCAAGCGCCCGGAACUGCUCAAGACGCACAAGGAGCGGGUAGAGGAACUCAACACAUACCUCUCCAAGUUGAGCGAACAUCAUGAUAUGCCCAAAAUUGGUCCCGGUUGA